AUAGUUAAUGACUCAUCCAUUCCGACUGGUCCUCCCGCAGGAGUGUUGUUUCAUAGUUUCUUCCGAGACCUGAGAACGUAUGAACAGCUCAUCUUUCGGGUCAGGCAGCUGGACUACAGAAAAGAUAAAAGGUUGUGAUGGCGCAGCGAGAGCUGACCCCUUUUCCCGAGCUCAUCCGAAAGAAACGGGACGGUGAACAACUGAGCGUGCUGGAGAUUCGAGACUUUGUGCAGGGUGUCAAGUACAAGACAAUCCAAGAGGGACAAAUCGGAGCGAUGCUCAUGGCGAUCUGGCAGAAGGGGAUGCUAGCAGAGGAGACUCUUGCUCUGACCAAGGAGAUGAUGAUGUCAGGGGAAGUGAUGUCAUGGCCGUCACAGUGGAAGGGGCUAGUGGUGGAUAAACACUCGACAGGUGGGGUGGGAGACAAGGUUAGCCUGGUGCUGGCUCCAGCUCUGGCUGCCUGCGGAUGCAAGGUACCCAUGAUAAGUGGCAGAGGUCUGGCACACACAGGUGGCACUCUGGACAAACUGGAGUCCAUACCUGGACUUAACGUCUGUCAGCCGGGGGAACAGCUGCAGCGGAUCCUGCAGGAGGUUGGCUGUUGCAUUGUGGGACAGACGGAAAACCUGGUGCCCGCUGACAAAGUCAUGUACGCUCUCAGAGAUGCCACGUCCACCGUCGACAGCCUUCCCCUCAUCACAGGUUCUAUCAUGUCUAAGAAAGGGGCUGAGUCUUUGAGCGCCUUGGUUCUGGAUGUUAAGUUUGGGAAGGCAGCGCUCUACCAAGACCUGAGCAGCGCCAAGAAGCUAGCCCAAUCACUGGUGUCAGUGGGUAACAGUCUGGGGAUCCAUACGGGGGCGGUGCUAAGUCGUAUGAACUGUCCCAUUGGCCGCUGUGUGGGGAACUCCCUGGAGGUGAUCGAAUCCCUGGAGUGUCUGAAGGGCAGGGGCCCUGACGACAUACUGGAGCUGGUCACGUUACUGGGCGGUGUGCUGUUGCUGAUGACUGGGUGUGCAGCCAGCCUGGAGGACGGGAAGAAGGUCAUCGCCGGCACCCUGCGGAACGGGAAGGCUCUGGAGAAGUUCCGGAACAUGAUGAUUGGCCAAGGAGUAGCCGUUCAGGCGGCUGCAUCGCUCUGUUCCGACAACGCGGAUUACUACAGCGUCCUGAGACGAGCGCUCCACCAGACUGACCUGGAAACCGAGUGCCCGGGAACAGUGCUGGACAUUGAUGGCGUGGUCAUCGCCAAGGUGUUGCAGCGGUUGGGGGCAGGGCGUUCAAAGGUUGGACAAACCAUCAAUCACAGCGUGGGGGCGGAGCUUCUGGUUUUCCUGGGACAGCAGGUGGAGAAAGGUCAACCAUGGCUGCGUGUCCACUAUGAGACGCCGGCGCUGAGUGCAGAGCAGAGAGUCAGCCUACAGCGGGCACUGACCCUGGGGUCAGCUGACCAGCUACACACUCCUCCCCUGGUGGCAGAGGUCAUAAUUCCAUAGUGACACACCUCAACAAAACUUGGAUGGAAGAUGUCCCAACGUGUUUAAUGAUGUCAUCACCUGCCUCAAUCACAGCUUGCUAUACAGGUGCUGGUCAUAGAAUUAGAAUAUCAUCAAAAAGUUGAUUUAUUUCAGUAAUUCCAUUCAAAAAGUGA